AUGCCCGCCUCCAACUCGUGCUCUCCUCCAGGAGGCGAUCACAAACCUCCUCCUCCUCCACCAUCUCACCCAUCCCCAUCCCCAACUCCUUCUUAUCCGCCCCCGCCGAACAAUGGAGGUGGCUACUAUCCGCCCCCUCCUGACAAUACCAGCCAUACUCCGCCUCCUCCCAGCUCUACUCCUCCUAACAACGGAGGAGGCGGCAACGAUGGCGGCAGUGGAAAUACCGGUGGCGGAAAUUCUGACGAUGGCAGCGACGGAGGCCACUCCAUAUGCCCUUCUGGCCUUUAUUCUAGUGCCCAGUGCUGCAGCACAGACGUUCUCGGGAUUGCUGAUCUCAACUGCAAGCCUCCCAGCAGGACGCCCAAGGACGGAAGCGAUUUUGCGAAGAUAUGCAGCAACACUGGCAGUGAGGCUCGCUGCUGUGUCAUCCCGGUAGCUGGCCAGGCUCUCCUCUGCGAAGACGUCGUUGGUGCCAACUAA